AUGUCAAUAGACCUUCCGGUUGACGUAGCAGUUGAGGAAGCAAAAAUUGAUGGUAAUACUUCCGUCGUUAUCAUCGAUAUUGAGACAACUGGGCUGCUGCCAACGGAUAGCAUAAUCCAGAUCGCUGCUAAGUGUGAGGAUAAGGAAUUCUCCAGAUUCAUGUUUCCCACAAAGAAAAUGCAUGAUGAUGCGUCCAAAGCCACUGGUUUUACAGUGAGGGAAGGGAAACUCUAUCAAUAUGAGAGAAUCCUCACAACAACCCCUCCGACAGAAGCUGCUGAACAAUUUCUUGCAUUUUUGCAGCAAUGUGGCGAAAAAGUUCUCCUAGUAGGUCAUAACAUUAUUAGAUUUGAUGCCCCAAGGAUCAUGAGAUGGUUGCAGCAAUUAGGUCUCCUCCCUCGUUUCUGUAAUUACGUGGCCGGUGUGGUUGAUACAUUACCACUCAUAUCGCAAGGCAAGAUGAAGAAACAGGAAUUACUAGCGAAAACCUAUCUCACUGAUGACGCUUGGGAAGAGAUAGUGAGAUGUGCACAUGAUGCCUUGGCCGACUGUCAGAUACUGAAUGGUUUGCUAGAGUACUUUAAAAUUGGGAGACAAAAUUUGGUUGAUAACUCGGUUUCUAUUAAAAUGAUGCUUGACAAACUGAAUAAUGCUAAAAAUAAAAAGACAAAUGUAGUUGCUUUGGAGUGCUUGAAAUCAGGGAAAAUCUCAACAUCAAUGAUUAACAAAAUUGCAACAGUAGGUAUCACCAUGGAGAAACUUCGUGAAGUCUAUCAAAAAAAUUAA